AUUUGUAAAUAAACUUACAAUGCGAUUUACUCAUUUUAUUUGCUGUUGAUCUCUGCUUAGAGCAGGUUCAUAUUGGAGCUGAGAUAUUGAAAAGUUUAAAGUUCCGCAAGCAAUAUGAUUAAGUCGUAUAUAUUAAUCGCAGCUGCCUGGUUUUUAUAUAAAGCUGUGUGUAGCACCGUUCUGCCUAGUGAUAUUGUAAAAUGCCACUUUGGAGAUUCACCUUGUAUUAUAAAAAGCAUUAAUGAUGUAAUCAGAAGAUACCCCAAAGGCAUACCGGAGAUUGGUCUGCCGCCAUUGGAUGCAACGGAAAUGGAAGAUGUUUCUAUGUUGGAUUCACCAUACCGCGGUCCGAUCUGGCUAACUUUUCACAUGAGAGAUAAUGUUAUCAAGGGCUUCAACAAUGCAACAGUUACCCACAUUGAGGGUUUUAAUCGAGAUCCAACAAUAGAACCAAUCAUGAUAAAAGCUCGCAUUCCGCGACUUGUGCACGAAGCAACCUACGAUAUGCAAGGUCAGUUGCUAAAGCUGAAAGCAAAUACAACCGGAAAACUGCAAUCUGAUUUUCAGAACAUUCACUUUACGCUCAAGAUCAAGAUCAUACUGGAAUAUCGCAACAAUAAGCGAUAUCUUAAAGUGUAUGAAAUCGUACCCAAAGUCACUUUGGAUCGAUGGAUUAUUUGGAUGAAUGAUUUGUAUAAAGAAAAUACCGACUUAACAAUAGCUAUAAAUCGAGCAUUCAAUAAAAAUUGGGUGGAAUUUUGGAACGGUGUUGAGCCGGGACUACUGAAGGCAUUUUCGGUGGCAUUUACUGGUAUUCUCAACAAGGUACUGGAGAAUGUCGCCUAUGACGAUAUGUUUCUACCCGAUUUCAAUAAAUCGAAUAGCUCAAUUUAAAGUUAGUGAAUCGAUUUAAUUCGAAACUUAUAAGAAAUUCAUAUAAAUUGGAAUACCGAUAUCAAUUUUUAUUGUUAACGAUAAAGCAUUAGGACUAGAAAAGUUGUAGUCCUUACAUCUUGUGAUUCCUGCUGCUUUUAAUAAACUUAAUCAAAUUGAAUUAUGUUAUCCACUAAUCUAAUAAUAAUCGAUUUAAUUAGCGCCUAAUAAAAACAUCACCAAUCCUGCAAUAGGCCAAGUUUACCAAGCAACACGUCAGUACUGACAGUAAAUCGACGUGGCGUGCAAAUCAACGUUGCAUGCAAUAGACACAUUAGGCAUUUGCAACUGUCGGCUAGAAGCAUGGUAACGUCAGGAGCUUCCUUGGUAACCAAGUAUUAUAGCAGAGGGGAAAUAACAAUGGUCAAGCUGCAAAAUCAACAAACUCCUUAGCAACGAGGUGCUGCCACGAUCAGUUUGCCACCCGGUUGACUCAAUGUUAACAAUUUUUGUAGCAACUGCUUUCAGUCAGCUAACAUUAGUCCAGGUGAGCAGUUGUGAUACGGAAAUAAAAUAAUAAAAUAAGUAAAAAUUCUUAAAGAUGUGGCUAAA